CCGUGGAGGGGGGAAUCUGGCCGCCAGAAAAAACGGCCAUCUCCGCACAGCUCUCCGCAAACACGCGCGGGCUCGAAAGGCGAGCCGUCGCGAGCGUUUUCCGAGCGGCGGGGAUACGGGCACGGGCGAGGCGGAGGGCAGCGCGAGGCGUUUUUCUGCAUUCCUUUUAUUCCGAAAUGCGCCGUUGCUGCGCUUAUUGCGAUUGACAGCGUCUGCAGCAGUUCCGUUUUCAAGAUGGCCGCUCGGCUUGCACUCGUUUGCUGCUGAUCGACUUCCCCCCCUCCACUCCUCCUCCUCCUCCUCCCACCCUCUCUCCCUCCCUCCCUCCUUCCUUCCCUCUUUCCUUCCCUCCUUCAACUUUCGUGGUCUAAAAACUCGCAAACUCGCUCUCCGGGAUCCGCGUCGCAGCUGCCAGGAGUUCACCUUCUUUCCAUGACGAUGCAUCGCACAACAAGGAUCAAGAUCACAGAGCUGAAUCCACACUUGAUGUGUGUGUUAUGUGGUGGAUACUUCAUCGAUGCAACCACAAUCAUAGAAUGCCUGCAUUCGUUUUGUAAAAUGUGCAUUGUCCGCUACCUGGAGACCAGCAAGUACUGCCCCAUAUGUGACGUCCAGGUCCACAAAACAAAGCCUCUUCUCAAUAUUAGGUCGGACAAAACUCUGCAGGACAUCGUGUACAAAUUGGUUCCAGGGCUCUUCAAAAAUGAAAUGAAGCGGAGGAGAGAUUUCUAUGCUGAACAUCCAUCAGUAGAUGCUGCAAAUGGGUCCAAUGAAGAUCGAGGUGAGGUUGCGGAUGAGGACAAGAGAAUCAUCACAGAUGAUGAGAUUAUCAGUCUCUCAAUCGAGUUCUUCGACCCCAGGGCCAAACAGCAAAGCAAUGCAGAGGACAAACAGACAAAAGAAGAGGUAAAUAACAAGCGGUACUUGCAGUGUCCUGCUGCCAUGACUGUGAUGCAUUUGAGGAAAUUUCUGCGAAGCAAGAUGGAUAUACCCUGUACUUUCCAGAUUGAAGUUAUGUAUGAGGAUGAACCUCUGAAGGAUUACUACACGUUAAUGGACAUUGCUUACAUUUACACAUGGAGAAGGAACGGACCUUUGCCCUUGAAGUAUCGGGUGCGGCCUAACUGCAAAAAGAUGAAGAUCGCCCACCCGCAGGAUGGUCUCAACAGCGCCAACCGCUCGGAAAGCGACUCCGCGAGCGACAAGGCCAGCAGUCCAGCCGGAGCGCCGUCCACCUCGUCGCCGCUGCCCAGUCCGAACACGCCGCUCCAGUCCCCGCACCCUCACUUCCCCCACAUCUCCAACCCCGUCAACGGCUCCUCCAUGACGAGCCCCAGUCGACAGUUCACCUUUGGCAGCAAAGCGCGCAAACCCUCCCUUAACGGCUCCUCCACGUCGUCGGGGUGAUGAGGGGCGGCGGUCUCCGCGCCGAUGCCGCGUCUCUGUAUCCUCAUGGUUAUCAACAUCCAACGUACUACACGUGUAACUUUAACAUAGUGGAAGUGGCACAUUUCACCAGAUCUGCUGGAGCCUCGUUUCUUUAGGCUGCAAAGUGACCGUGUUUGCAGCUGUUUGCGUAACAGACUGAUUUAUAUAUAUAUAUAUAUAUA